AUGGAGGAAAAUAUGGGUGGGUUUGACAAUUCUGCACCGUGGAGUAAUGAAAGAAUAGGACCAAUCACAAAGCUGAGCGACACGGCGAAGGAAGCCGCCGAGAAGAACGUUCUGUGGCUCAAAAGGAUGGACGAGAAUGAACGGGCGCGAACGACAACUGAAGUGAUGGAGGAGGCAGAUGCAGUAAAGAACCCACCUAACGACGAAGAAACACCGAGUGAGACGGAUAAUGUGGAAGCAGUUGAACAGGGAACAGGCGGUGAGCAAGGAAUAGAAGAGGAGAAGGAACAGAUUGGAGGAGCAAAGGAGGACGAGAAUAAAGAAAACGAAGACGAGGGGAAGGGUGAAAGCAAAAGUGAUGAUCGCGGUGAAGCAGGCAAAGGCUCAACGGCCAAGAAUAACGAAGAGGAGAAGGAGAAAGAGGAAGAUCAGCAAGAUACUGCUGAAGAGGAGAAUGACGCCGAGAGGCAACGAGAGCUGGCGGAGGGGAACGAAAACGUCGAGGAUAAAGAAGAAGGCGAUGGUGAGCAGGACGACACAGCGACUCAAAUGCAAGAUGCUCCAGCUGCUGAGCGACAGGUC